CUUUCUAUUUCGUGUGUUUGUGUUUGGGGGUCUUUGGUUCCGCUGUGCAAAUUCGCCACAAUGGGUGUUGAUUAUUACAAAGUUCUGGGUCUUGAGAAAGGGGCUAGUGAUGAUGAUAUUAAGAAGGCAUAUCGCAAAAUGGCUUUAAAAUAUCAUCCUGAUAAAAACAAGUCCCCGAACGCCGAGGAAAAGUUCAAGCAAAUUGCCGAGGCCUAUGAGGUUUUGAGUGAUCCAAAGAAAAAAGAGAUUUUUGAUAAAUAUGGUGAGGAAGGAUUGAAGGGGGGUGCAGGUGGACCCAGUGGUCAGCCAGGCACGUAUACCUACACGUUUUCCGGAGAUCCUCGCGAGACCUUCCGAACAUUCUUCGGCACAGAUGAUCCUUUUAGCACUUUUAUGAGUUUUAGUACUAGUGGUGGUGAACACAUGGAUGUUGACGGGGACUUCGGUGGUCGAAGUCCGUUUUCGGGCUUUUUCAUGAAUGCUGGAGGUGGUGGAAUGCCACGCACGCGUCGCACCCAGGACCCUCCUAUCCACCACGACCUGAGUGUUUCACUAGAGGAUGUGCUCUACGGCACAACCAAAAAAAUGCGUAUCACGCGGCGUAAAAUGAAUGGCCAGAGUGAAGAAAAGGUUCUCACGAUCGACGUGCGCAAGGGGUGGAAGGCAGGCACUCGAAUCACCUUCCCGCGAGAGGGCGAUGAGCGUCCAAACACCAUCCCAGCAGACAUCAUCUUCACUGUGAAAGACCGGACACACAAGUACUUCAAACGCGAGGGAGCUGAUGUGCGCUACGUGGCCAAGAUAGGCCUCCGUGACGCCCUGUGCGGCAUUCAAAUACAGGUGCCUACAAUUGACGGUAGAAAGUUGCCACUGAAAAUCGAAAACUGCGUGACUAAGCCUGGUACCACGCAUCGAAUAAGCGGUCAGGGAUUGCCCUAUCCGAAAGAGCCCACUCGGCGGGGUGACAUAAUUGUUGAGUUUGACGUCGUCUUUCCGGACCGCAUAUCACCAGCCGACAGAGAGGCCCUAAUGCGAAUACUGCCUCCCUACUCACAACCGAAUUUAGCAAGUUCACAGGCAGCAUAUCGUUAUGCCAUAAUCGUUGACGCUGGUAGUAGCGGCAGUCGUCUCUUUGUUUACUGUAUUCCACUGAUCGAAAGCACAACUAGAUCCUUACCUUCUGUAACUCUUUGUACGGACGACAAGGGUGAGCCUUUGACGAAGAAAGUAAACCCGGGUCUUUCCUCCUUUUCUUCUGAUCCGUCUUCUUCUGGCGUGUACAUCUCCAGCUUGGUAUCAAUCGCUGCCAAGCACAUUCCCAAAAAUUUUCAUCUAUCAAUGUUUAGCCAGCAGUCUGACAUAUGGAAUGCAGUACGGGAAGCUAUAAAGAAUGAUUUUGAUUUUAAAUUUGAGGAAUCGUGGAUGCAAACAGUUUCUGGUUAUUAUGAGGCGUUGUAUGGAUGGAUAACAGUAAACUACUUACUAGACAACUUUGUAGAUCCCCCUAAGCCGUCAGUAGGUAUGCUUGAUAUGGGUGGAGCAAGCAUGCAGAUUGCGUACGAAGUCCCUUCAGAAGCUCAGGUGCUUGAGGACCACAUCAUGCGUUUCACCAUCGGCGGGAAAAACACUUACAAUGUCUAUGUUAUGACCUUCCUCGGCUAUGGCACCCAUGCAGCGAAAAGCAGAUACAAGCUAUUUCUUUUGCACAAUGCAAUGGAGUAUUCGCCUUACUCAAGCAUUCUGAAGUCACGGUUUCGACCAUCCACCGGCUAUACCAAGCCUCCAAAACUCCCCGAACUGGGUGUUCAGUUACUUUACACAACAAGUGGAAAGGAGAAGUUUAUUCUUACUGACCCUUGUCUUCAGUCGGGGUUGGAAGAUGUCCUAACGUCACAGGAUCGUGUUUUUUCAAGGACCCUAUCUACAGGCGGGACCAACUCUCCCAUAAUCACCUUCAUUGGCGCGGGAAAUCUUACACAAUGUCUUGCCUACCAGAAAUUCCUUCUCCAGAAGCAUAAACCCUGCCGAAUCGAGCCUUGCUCCAUGAACGGAGUCCAUCAACCCCCGGUAGACUUCGAGGGGACCCAGUUCUACGCCAUGUCGGAGUACUGGUAUACCUCCUCGGACCUCGGCACUGCUCCGGCGGACGUGUACAGCUUUGACUCGUUCUACAAUUCCACUGAAAAUAUGUGCAAAAAACCGUGGAUUGAUGCCCUUUUUGAAUAUCGUACGCAGAAUGUUGAUCCCUUUAAUAUUGUAAAUAAACAAGCCGUUUGUUUCAAGGCUUCCUGGAUCAUGAAUGUUCUCCACACCGGCUUCGGGUUUUCUCAGAGCUACUCCAACGUGCAUCCGAUUGACAGCUUAUCAGGAAUCGAAGUCCAAUGGAGUCUGGGUGCCCUCGUUUAUUACAUGCAACUGCCAGAGUUCCAAGCCCUUCUCUCCCAGGAGCCUGUCGACGCACAGAUCGGCUUUUCCGAUAGUCAGAAAGUUGCCGUUAUCAUUCUCUUCCUAGCCUUCGGCUGUCCUACAGCAGUUGGUUACUGCGUCUAUAGAAAAAGGAGGCGCCAGCAAUUCAGCCCCGGUGGAUGUCUCGGUGGUUCUUUCUGCCCCCCAAUCUUUACGCGCUCAAAAUGUUUUUGGCGAUCACCGAAAGUGGUCACCAGCGGUGUGACUACUGGAGGAUGUAAAAACAACCCACGGGCUGCUGGAAAUAACUAUCAUUACUCCAUGAUUCCUUCUCCAAGCGCAGUACUAAAUUUUCGAACCUCCAAUUCUCUACCUUCAUUUCAAAUCAUCCAGGCCAAUGACAAUAAAUGUUCUGGUCAUGGUACUAUUUAA